GUCAGGCAGUCCCAUUCCACCUAACAGCAGCAAGUCGGAAGAGAACGACACAAAAACGGCGGUGCUGGGGGUUGUUGUUUUACGGCUUCCCCCCCGACACAUUUGAAAAAAUAUUUCCUACAUGCAGGGAGUUGUUUUAGAUUAUACAUGUGGGGAUUUCGGCAGGGAAUGUAACUAACACACGGCGGAUCACGCGGCUAACUUUUUUUUUUUUAAUGGAGUAUAGAGGCGUAGAGGGGCUUUGAACUACUCAGCGACGGUCGAAACGACACCAUUUUUUUUUUAGUAUUUUCGCUUAUACGAAGAGUCACACGGUUUCGCAUGGAGCCACUACUUUUUGACGGUGUAGCAAAGUGUGGUAGUAACGUCAGCUAAUGCUAGCAGCUAGUGAAGCUAGGUCGGUGUUAGCUGCUAGCCCCGCCGUAGAGUACCGAGCUUAGCCGCACGCAGCCGAACAACUUUGCCUAGGCUUCGCUCAAGGAUCCAGCUAAAAAGUAGAAUAUUGUGUGUUUUUUUUAUCGGCGAGUGACUCGUUGGGUUAAAGGGUUGUGUCGAGUCGGGCUUAUGUGCUAUGUGUGUCGAAGAUUACUCCCAGAAAACGCUGAUCCGCCCGCAAGAUGCAGCCCCUGCAAACAGCCUAACCCCCACCGCCGACGCACAAUGCCGGAUCACGCCGAGUGAACAGUCGCAGUUUUGACAGAAGACGGAGCGUCAAGUCACGCAGGUUGCCCCACAUUUUUUUUUGUGUGUGCGGAUGCGAACGCACCGAGGAGGAGUUUUUCUAAAAAAUCUGACGAAGGAAAGGGAUACGGACAGAUCGUCUUCAAAUCAGGCACAUAUAUAUAUAUUUUUGUUGGUCGACUCCUUGCAUCAAAAUGUCGGCCAUCUCCGCAGCCGAGAAAGUGGACGGAUUUACGAAAAAGUCCGUGAGGAAGGCCCAGAAGCAGAGAAGAUCCCCCAGCUCGUCUCAGUACAGGGCUCAGAUCGUUCCGGUGGAGCUUUCGUCUCUGCCCCAGCUAAAAGAUGCGCCCUCCACGGAGCAACAGGAACUUUUCAGUCAGAAACUCCGACAGUGCUGCAUGCUCUUUGACUUCAUUGACUCGGUGACGGAGAUGAAGAGCAAGGAGAUCAAGAGGGCCACACUGAAUGAGCUGGUGGACUAUGUGUCCACCAACAGAGGAGUCCUCGUGGAGUCUGCAUACCCUGAGAUCACCAACAUGAUCACCACUAACAUUUUCCGUACACUUGCACCGAGUGACAACCCAGAUUUUGACCCAGAGGAGGAUGAACCCACUCUAGAAGCUUCAUGGCCUCAUAUCCAACUCGUCUAUGAGUUCCUUCUGCGCUUUCUUGAGAAUCCGGACUUCCAGCCCAGCAUUGCAAAGCGCUACAUUGAUCAGAAAUUUGUACUUCAGCUUCUGGAGCUGUUUGACAGUGAGGAUCCAAGGGAGAGGGACUUCCUGAAGACCAUCUUGCACCGGAUUUAUGGGAAGUUCCUGGGGCUUCGGGCCUUCAUCCGGAAGCAGAUUAACAACAUCUUCUUGCGGUUCAUCUAUGAGACUGAACAUUUCAAUGGCGUCGCUGAACUCUUAGAAAUCCUGGGAAGCAUCAUCAAUGGCUUUGCGCUACCUUUGAAGGCGGAGCAUAAACAGUUUCUAAUGAAGGUGCUCAUCCCGUUACACACGGCAAAAGGACUGGCCCUCUUUCACGCGCAGCUGGCCUACUGUGUUGUCCAGUUCUUGGAAAAGGAUCCCACGCUCACUGAACCGGUGAUCCGAGGCCUGCUGAAAUUUUGGCCCAAGACGUGCAGCCAGAAAGAGGUGAUGUUCCUGGGUGAGAUUGAGGAGAUUUUGGAUGUCAUUGAGCCUACACAGUUUAAGAAAAUCCAGGAGCCGUUGUUCAAGCAGAUCUCCAAAUGCGUGGCCAAUCCCCACUUUCAGGUAGCGGAGCGAGCACUGUACUUCUGGAAUAACGAGUAUAUUCUCAGCCUCAUCGAGGAGAACAUCGACAAGAUCCUCCCCGUCAUGUUUGGAAGCCUGUACCGGAUCUCCAAAGAGCACUGGAAUCAGACCAUUGUAGCUCUGGUCUACAAUGUGCUGAAGACACUGAUGGAGAUGAACUGUACUCUGUUUGAUGAGUUAACCUCCUCCUAUAAAUCAGACCGGCAACGGGAGAAGAAGAAGGAGCAAGAGCGCGACGAGCUUUGGAGGAAGCUUGAGGAAUUGAGGCUCAGCGACACCAGGCUGGAACCGAACAACAGCCACAAGCUUCUGAGUCUGCAAAACAACAACAAGAAUAGCAAUAACAACAAUCAGGACAAGGUCACCGAUGAUGUUGACCUUUACGGCGGCCAGUGAGAGAGAGAGAGAGAAACCCACGUGCCAAAACGACUCCGCACUCCCGCUUUUAGCAAUCUGGUUGGCGCUGUGUCUCCGUGACUUGUCAGGAGAGGACGAACAAAGAUGGGAGACAAACUACACCUCAUUUUAUAAAACAAUUCUGAGUGACUUCAAACGCCUCACGGAAAACAAGGUUUGACGUUAGCGCGCGUCAGCAGCAGUAUAUAUAAAUAUAUAUAUAUAUUGUUGUUUUGUCCGCUCUUGUAUUCAAUGUUUUGUGGUGUGGCGGCGGAGAGACAAUUACGACUUGAAUUCAGCAUUUCAGAUUGUUGCUGCGACAAGAUGAAUAGUUCAACAAAGAUGUCUAUUUUGUAACGUUCUGCGUCGUCGCUGCCAACCUUAGUUAUAGGGGGAGGGGGGGGAGGAAGUGAGGCAGACGGGGGACCAGACCUAAUUAAAUCGUGCAUAAAUGUACAGUAAUAGAGAUAAAUGGAUCACAAUCAAUAUACCAAUCUGAUAAACACCUGUACCUCGGUUUUCGUUUGUAAUCCGAUCCAAAAUAUCCAGCAAAAGAUUUUCCCCUAAGAAAUCCAAUCUAAUUUACAGAGAAUGAUUAUAGUUUUACAUGUAGAGAAGAAUGCGAAACAUAUAUAUAAUCGAUGUGUAAAUGAACAUUAAACAUGACUUUAUUGAAGACGUUUGUUGGCAAAGAAGCAGCACUGAACUCCGUAGCGUUCCUUACCUUCUUUAUCAAAGUGCUGGCACUCGCAACUUUCUUUGGCCCCAUGUUGGCUUACUUUGCAGUCAAUGAAAAAAGAAUGUUUGUUUGGGCACUUGAUUCCACACGACGAUUUCGAUUAUGCGCAAAAAGCGAGAACAUUUUGGCGAAAACUGAGGUACCACUUCCAGCAGCGGCAUUUGGAGUCGAAUCAUCCUCACAUUUAGUUUUACAUUUCAGUUUUAAAAAAAUUUUUAAUCGAGGUGUCCCCAGCAGCUUUCAUUACAAGUAUUUACACUGAAGUAUUGACGCAGGGCUUUUUCAAUUUGACACGUUUCGGCACGGCUCGCUGUCACGUCUUACAGUUAAAUACAACGUACCAGCUGUUAGCUUAGCAUGAAGCCCGGAAGCAAAAUCGACCUCUCCCAGAACACCCGUGGUUUCAGCCUCCACGCCAUCAUUCACUCCGUGGACGCCUUUCCGUCACUCCAGCGAGGGAAGCAGAGUAUUUUUUUUUUUUUUUUACUUAAAAUUAUUUCUGUACAAAAGAAAAUAGAUGCAAAAACGAGACAUACAGUACUCUAUUUUUCCAAAGUGAAUAUUUAGUUUUUGCAAAAGGACAAAGACGGGAUGGCGGCUAUAUGGGCUUGAUUGUACAGUAUAUUUGUAGAGUGGUCUUAUAUGUAAGCUGGAGUUGAGGUAGGAAUUGUCGGACGGCGCCACUCUUAUUGAAAGGGGAACAUGUAUGACCGUGUCGGUUCCGUUUUAAAUGUAUCGAUGUAAAUGUACAGUAAGGUACAGGUCGUCCCUGUGAGCGAUAUGUUUUAAUUCCGCCAUCAUGUCAAGCUGAUGAUAGUUUGUCAUGUUAUCAUGUAUAGGGAGGGAGGGCCUUUAUUUAACGUGCUCUAUUGGAGGGGGGAAAGGGUUGAUUCAUUAUUAUAUAUUCCAUAUUAAAAGCUUAUUCUUGAUCCGUCUUCUUCACAGUAGCUGUAUAUGUGCAGGAGCAGGUCAAAAAGUUUAUUUUCCAGACGUCUCUCGCUUCAAGGCAUUGUUUGAAGUAGCGAAUUGAGAAAACAAACUCUACUGCUCAACACUCUUUACCUCCAGUCUUAACAACCUCAGAUAGUUUUCAUCGGGAACUGUUCAUCUUCUACUCACCCUAUAUAGAUCCUAGGAACCGCGUUAUGUUGUAUUCGUUUUAGUUCCGCUUCCUCUGAUGCCUUUCUGUCAGUACAUCAUUCCAACGUCUGUAAUGUGGGCUUGUUUUGUUUUUGGACGAGGGAUGAGAAGCUGUUUUGUAAUCAGAUAGAUUUUACCAGGGUUUCUUCAUCAAAUAAAGUCUACUCUAUCUUUCUA